AUGUUCGACUUCUUGUUCUCGUCCGUAGCAAUGCAUCCGCAGUUUCUGAACCUGGUGUUCGGGCUGGGUCGACAGACGUCUUCUGGCAACGACACAUUCACCAGCUCCUACAGAAGCCAGACAACGCACGGUUUUGACAUUUGCUACAACAUCAGAUUCUUUGAACCACACGGACGGGCCCUGAGCGAUCCAUGGUCGUGUCGUCAAACCGCGAUCCACCACAAAUUUCGAGCUGAAGAUGGCCAGUCCAUAUGGACAGUCAUUCACCCGCCACUGUUAUUCAGCCAAAGGCUGGAACAUGCGCAGUCAAACCAGGCCGUUCAUCCAAUAGCUCUUCACAUCUGUUACAUCAAGGCUUCGACACACAAUCUGAAAGCGUACCUAGAAUGCAAAGCAUGCGAGCUGACAUCCCUGGACGGCAAGUUGAGCGUUUCAAAGCCCUUUAGCGACUUCGACACUGACUUUUCCACCACACAACACCUACACUCCUUGAAAAAGAAGCUCAACCUCGCGCUAGUGAUUACACAAGGCGUCUCGCACGUCUUGUCAACCCUCUCUACUCAUGUUACAGAUAACACCUCGCUGAUGAGGCUCACGCCCGACAUGGACCGCGACAUCCACAUCGAAAUCGCACAACUCGCAAACGACAUGAAGAGCCAUGAAGCCACCAUACAAAACCUUCUCACUCUCGUAACAAAUAUCGACACUUUGAACACCAACAUCCUCGCCUUCAAAAACCAAGAUCUGCUACUCCGCACCACGCAUUCCCUCGCCCAGCUCGCCCACGCCAGCGCAACAGACACCAAACUAACCACCGCGAUAGCCGACAAGACGCAGCAGGACUCUCGGGUGAUGCGGAUAGCGACACUGAUCGCUAUGAUAUAUUUGCCUGCGAAUCUGGUCUUGGUAAGUUAUCUAUCUAUUCGUCCAUUCUACUUCCUAUCCGUGGCGUCUUUUUGUGUGGCAACAGGCUGA